AUGCGUUUACCAGCCACGCCAACUCUAAGCCCCUUCCAGACACUCAGGGUGACCAAAUUAAGCUCUGCCGUUGAACGAUUCGCACCUGCCAAACUGCCCGACAACUCCCAUGGUCCUUCACCCCAGAAGCAUCAAGGUCAAUUGAGAGAAUCCCAACACAUACUACCGCCUACCACUAUUCAGCAAUUGACUCCUUACCCUACCAAGGAGCAGCACGGUUCCUACGGCCACUCCAAAGCUGAGCGAUCCGAGGUGAUAGGGAGCACUGAGGGAGUGGAUAGCUACCACAUGGAAGAGCAGCUGCCAAGAUUUGGUGCAGAUCAGGGUGCCCAUGAGUCUGUCAGUGUCGAGGAAUCUCGGUCGUUCGAUUACGACCACUCAAGCGAUCAAGAGCGCUUCGAGUCGCUCUUGGGACUGAUUAUUCCAGACACGGAUCUGCCUGUCGAGCAUGCACACUGCGAUGGUGGGCUAGUGAAACGCGCAGUCGAGGUUGGUAGCCCGGUUGGAGCCUCUGCACAGGACGACGAGUAUUUCCUUGACGACGACUUGGCGGACGAAGAUAUUGCCUCACUCCUAGAGACGGCACAGAAAUCUGUACAGGAGCAACAUAUCCCGCCCUCCAGCGUCGCUCAAGCAUGGGACCACGAUUCGCGAUCGGCCGUGGAGUACGACUCAAACCUGCAGUACUCCUCGCCCCAGCCAUGGGGGAAGUGCGAUGGCAAUUCGACGCAGUCAUCAGCUGCAGCAGCGAACCAAAGGGGCGCUUCUACACAGGAGGAAGACCUGCUUGACGAGAACGUCGAUUGGCAUGCAGUUUUUACCGUGAUCAGCUCACUUCCUAAAGACCCGUCGCUUGUUGCCGCCCGAGAAAUGGGAGCCCAAACUGCACCGCGAGCUACUUAUGCGGCGAACACCAUGGAGCUACCUUUUCCUCCAGAAAACUCGAAGUUUCGUGCUUCUUGCACCCGAACGUCUGGCCUCGAGAAAGUUCAUAAUAGGUCGGCUGUGCGUGAAAUGUCACCAAACACUGUGGUACGAACCUGUUUCCGGAUAGGUAUGAUGUUCAAUCAGACGGUGCGUUUCGGUGAUCAACAGGACAUGUUGUUUGAGUUAUUCGCGCGCGUGACUUAUUCGAAUCGCGAGACCCUCGCGCGGAAACAACACUUCCAAUUUGUCGACCUGUUCAAAGACCAGCAACCUUAUCCAGCAGGUAUCCUCAGCGACUGGCACAUUAACAGCCAACUCGAUCGGCAUAGUUCGGCCUUCUUGGACACGAGCAGAGGUCCGAGGCUCUGCUGGUGCCUGUGCAAGCCGAUGAGGGAUCCAAAAGCUGCGAUUGGAUGGACCUAUACCGUCCUCAGUAUCGAGGAAACCAACUGGGAGCAGAUAGAGAGGUCGAAGAAAGCCUACGAAGAUACACAAGCGCAAAAGGAUGAUGUUUCUGCAUCAAAGCUAUGA